AGAGUCUUUUUACCAAACGGGCGAACCGUCCUCACAGCCAUGACCAAGUGGGUCUACAACUUUGGCGCAGGUGAAGCGGAAGGCCAUGCGGAGAUCAAGGAUUUGCUUGGCAAUAAGGGCGCCAACUUGGCGGAGAUGGCCUCCAUCGGUUUGCCGGUGCCUCCAGGCUUCACGUUGACCACCGAGGUUUGCUCCCACUUCGAGCAGACGGGUUCAUAUCCUCAAGAUUUAAAGGAGCAGGUGCAGAAGGCCUUGCAAAUUCUAGAGUCGCGGGCCGGUUGCAAAUUUGGAGAUUCGGAGAACCCGCUCCUGGUCUCAGUGCGUUCUGGAGCCCGUGCAAGAAUGCCUGGGAUGAUGGACACGGUCCUGAAUGUCGGACUCAAUGCCAAGACUGUUGAGGCACUAGCGGAGCAGUCUGAUGAUCGUCGUUUUGCCUUCGACAGCUAUCGGCGCUUUAUCCAGAUGUAUGCCGAUAUCGUGCUGGGCGUGGACGCAUGUCACUUUGAAAAGAUGUUGCAGCGUGCCAAACAGAAGCGAGGAGUGAAGCAGGACCAUGAGCUUCAAGUGGAAGACUUGGAACGCUUGGUGCGCGAUUACAAGACGCGCGUCUUCGUGGAGUUGGGCGAGGAGUUCCCCACGGAUCCACAGGUGCAACUCUGGGGUGCCAUCGGCGCCGUCUUCAAGAGUUGGACGAAUCCCCGUGCCAAGACGUACCGAGAACUCCAUGACAUUCCAGAAGAAGGUGGGACAGCCGCCAAUGUCCAAGCCAUGGUCUUUGGCAACAUGGGCCAUGAUUCGGCCAGUGGAGUUGCCUUUACCCGGAAUCCCUCCAAUGGUGACAACCAUUUCUAUGGUGAGUUCUUGCUGAAUGCGCAAGGGGAGGACGUGGUUGCUGGUAUCCGAACGCCCUCAGAGCUUACCAUGCAGGCCCGAAUGGCGCAUGGAAACAACUCGCCCUCGCUGGAAGAGAAGAUGCCGAAGGUCUUUCGGGAGCUCAUGGCAAUCAGGGACCAGCUUGAGAAGCACUACAAAGAUGUGCAGGACAUCGAAUUCACCAUCCAGAAAGGUAAGCUCUACAUGCUGCAGACACGUUCGGGAAAACGCACCACGCAAGCCGCGAUCCAGAUUGCGGUCGAUAUGACCAACGAAGGCCUCAUUACGAAGCAGCAGGCUGUGAUGCGCUUGCAUCCUUCACAGAUUGACCAGCUACUCCAUCCAACCAUUGCUGAAAAUGCCAAGAAGCAGAUCAUUGCCAAGGGACUUCCUGCUUCACCGGGGGCAGCCAUUGGAAAAGUGGUCUUUUGUGCGGAUGAGGCAGUUCAGCGUGUGAGCGACGGGGAGAAGGUCAUUCUCGUUCGCAACGAGACAAGCCCGGACGACAUCCAUGGAUUGCAUGCAGCUGAAGGCGUUCUGACAACCCGCGGGGGCAUGACGAGCCAUGCCGCGGUGGUGGCUCGUAGCAUGGGCCGGCCCUGUGUGGCAGGUGCAGGACACCUGGAAAUUGAUGAGGCUGCCGGCAAGUUGAAGAUCGGUGAUCUCGUCCUGGAGAAAGGUGACAAGCUCUCCAUCGAUGGAAGCACUGGAGAAGUGCUACUUGGAGAGGUUCCCACAGUUCUUCCAAAGGUCACAGGUGCCUUCCGGACCUUGAUGAGCUGGGCGGAUGAGUAUCGCACCAUGCAGGUGCGGGCGAAUGCCGAGACCAAGGCGGAUGCGAUUUUGGCCAAGGACUUUGGCGCAGAAGGCAUUGGUCUGGUUCGCACGGAGCACAUGUUCUUUGCCGGGAUGCGCAUCACAGCGAUGAGGCAGAUGAUCUUGGCUUCAGAUACCAAGGAUCGCAAGGAUGCCCUGCACCGCCUUUUGUUUAUGCAAAGAGAGGACAUCACGGAACUCUUCCAGAUUAUGGAUGGCCAGCCGGUAACGAUCCGUCUCUUCGAUCCACCUUUGCACGAGUUCUUGCCCAACACCGAGGCGGAGUUGUCCUACGUGGCCCGGGCCGCCGGGGUUCCGGUGGAGCGCGUGCGGCGCCGCGCGACGGAGCUGCGGGAGUUCAAUCCGAUGUUGGGCCAUCGGGGCUGCCGCUUGGCCAUUACCUACCCGGAGAUCUGCGAGAUGCAGGCGCGUGCCAUCUUCGGUGCGGCGGCGGAAGCGGGGCGCACCUCGCCCUCCAAGAAGACACCGGUGGCUGAAGUCAUGGUGCCACUGGUGGCAACGUUGGAAGAGUUUAAGAUCAUCAAGGGAAUCAUUGACAAGACUGCAGCAGCUGUUCAGAAAGAGGAGAAUGUCAACUUUACCUACCGUGUUGGUACCAUGAUUGAACUUCCGCGAGCGGCGCUUCAAGCUGGCAAACUGGCAGAGGAAGCCGAGUUCUUCAGUUUUGGUACCAAUGACUUGACGCAGACCACCUACGGCCUUAGCAGAGAUGAUACGGGCACCUUCAUGUCGGACUACAAGGCUAAGGGCAUCAUGGCACAGGAUCCCUUUGUGACUCUCGACGAGGAAGGGGUGGGCGAACUCAUCAAAGUUGCCAUGAAUCGUGGUUUGAGCACCAGGCCUGACAUGAAGAUGGGCAUUUGUGGUGAACAUGGUGGCGAUCCCACCUCCAUUGAUUUCUGCCAGAGGACAGGCUUGAACUAUGUGAGCUGCUCACCCUACAGAGUCCCAAUCGCGAGGCUUGCAGCAGCACAAAGUGCAUUGAAGGCUCAGGGCGAACGGGUCACGGAGACCAGAGCAGCAAGGCCUCGAAACCCCAGCUUCGGCCCCUGGUGAGUAAAAGAUUUAUCGCGGAAGGUUGGCUUAUAAGGCUCCAAGCGUUCUCUACGGAAGGGAAUGAAGGAAUCUGAGUUCUCUCUCAAGCUGUUUCUGCAUGUUUUGGAGCUGCCACACAUGAAUUCCAAUUCUCGCAAGCUUGAGAGAGGAUCAACGUCGAACGGAACCCCGGCGUAGCGAAGCCAGCUUCCGUCAAAACCUGUGUAGCAGCGUAGCACGCCAUACAGAAGAUGUGGCGACGUUUGGGGUUUGUAAAUUUGACUUACCCCACCAGCUUUGGGUUCCAUUUCAAGGCACAGCGUUGGCGCUUGAAGGGGCAAUGACUUCAAGCAA